GCGUGUGAUCCGGAUACUUAGGGGAAAUAUGGCGCUGAGAUGAAGGAGGAAAAGACGAACGCGGUGUUAAAGUUUUCCGUAAGGAACGAAGGAUCAGUGCUGAAGAAAGAAAAAUCUGAGCCGAGAGGCGACUGACGAAAAAGCGCCGUGGUUAUUUCGAUGACAAGAGUGUUUUGAAUCCAGUCCCAACAAGAGACUGUUUAUCAGACAAUUGUGCUGUGAUGGAGAAGCCAGUCUUACAGACGCAGCAUUCUAUGCUGCCAUUCUUCGAUACAGCCCAUGCUGUCAACCUGCUGCGCGGCAUUCACGAGCUGCGUGCUGAGCGCAAGUUUUUCGAUGUGACGCUAUGCGCCGAGGGAAAGGAGUUCCACUGCCACCGAACAGUUCUGGCCGCUGCCAGUACCUACUUCCGCGCUAUGUUUGCAGGUACGCUCCGUGAGAGCGCUAUGGACAGAGUGGCACUACACGAGGUCUCGGCUGAGCUGCUCGGCCUUCUUGUAGACUUCUGCUAUACGGGUCGUGUGACAGUCACAUGUGACAACGUGGAUGUGCUGCUUAAGGCGGCUGACCUCUUUCAGUUCCCGUCAGUCAAGGCGGCAUGCUGCGCUUUCCUGGAGCAGCGCCUUGAUGUCUCCAAUUGCCUGGAGAUCCAGGACUUUGCAGAGGCGUACGCCUGCAGUGAGCUGGCCACUAGUGCCCGGCGCUUUGCACUCAACAACAUAAUGGAACUGGCCAAGGGCCAGGAGUUUGAGCGUCUGCCCUGGAAACGCUUGCUGGAACUAGUGUCAGACGACGCGUUACGUGUGGACAAGGAGGAAACAGCUUACCAGAUGGCGGCACGCUGGGUUAAGGCUGACCCACGGAGACGGCUCCAGUACUGGCCUGAGCUCCUGCAGCAGGUACGCUUACCCUUCGUUCGUCGCUUCUUCCUGCUUGCCCGCGUUGAGAGCGACCCCCUCGUCUAUCUGACACCAGAGUGUCUGCGCCUGGUGGGCGAGGCGCGCAGCUUCCAGUCGGGAGAGUAUGACCGACAUGACCGUCCAUGCCAGCGCAUGCGCCCUCGUCCUUCUACCGGUCUCGCUGAGAUCCUGGUCGUGGUGGGAGGUUGUGACCAAGACUGUGACGAACUCGUGACCGUCGACUGCUUCAACCCACAGACAGGCCAGUGGAGAUACCUGGCUGAGUUUCCUGACCAUCUUGGAGGAGGUUACAGUAUAGCAGCACUAGGCAAUGAUAUGUAUGUCACAGGCGGCUCUGAUGGUUCACGCCUUUACGAUGGCGUGUGGCGCUACAACUCCAGCGUGAACGAGUGGACCGAGGUGUCGCCCAUGCUUAAAGCACGCGAGUACCACAGCUCCUGUGUGCUGAAGGGCCAGCUGUACGUGGUGGCCUCGGACAGCACGGAGCGCUACGACCACGCGCUGGACUGUUGGGAGCCACUGGCACCCAUGCUGCACCCCAUGGAUAACUGCUCAACAACAGCAUGCGGCGGGCGUCUCUAUGCCACCGGCUCACUCACUGGUGACGAUGCCAUGGCCAUCCAGUGCUACGAUGCCGACACUAACCGCUGGAGCCUGGUCAACUGCGGCCAGCUGCCUCCCUGGUCCUUCGCCCCCAAAUCAGUGACUCUCAAUGGUUUCAUCUACUUUGUGAGGGAUGACUCUGCAGAAAUUGACAUCUAUGAUCCACAGAAGAACGAAUGGGACAAGAUUAGCCCAAUGAACCAAGUACACGUGGGUGGCAGCGUGGCGGUUCUGGGAGGCCGACUGUAUGUGUCUGGUGGCUAUGACAACACGUUUGAGCUGUCUGACGUGGUGGAGGUGUACGACCCCGGCGCUCGCUCAUGGAGCCUGGCCGGCCGUCUCCCCCAGCCCACCUUCUGGCAUGGCAGUGUCAGUAUCUUCCGCCAGUUCAUGCCCCUCGUGCCCAGUACGUUUGAGCCGGUCGACAUCCCCGAGGCAGACAACAUCCACCUGCACCGCCACCAUCGCCACCACCAGGCUCUUCAAGAGCUCAACAACGAGCUUAACCAGAACCACCGCAAUCGGGAGGUGAACCCGGCACGUUGAUGUUACUGUUGAACUCAACACUAAAUACGCACUUUACCACUUAUUCACCUCAACUGGAGAGCGAGGAACAUGAAUGGACAGUUCCAUAUUCUCUGCUUGUUUGCCUCUCUAAAUUCUCAUUACCGUUACGCUUGGGCCAGUUGUGUCUGGGAUUUGUGCUUACACCAGCAUAAUUCUCGCCACACUACUACAAAUAUCAGUAUUAAAAUGAAAUGAAACACACAGAACUGCAUGUUGCACACUAGCCAAAAAUAAUAUUUCAAAAACUCUAUUAGUAAUUAGAUAAAAGCACCGUGAUGCUUUAAUGAAAAUAUAGGUGUUAAAAAAAAAAAACACACACAUCUGCAUUACAAGCACUUGAUCUGAGACUUUAGUACAGUUUUUGAUUUGAAGUCACGUAUUUUCAAUUCUGUGACUUCAUAUAUCAAGACACCUUGCUGGAAAAGUGCUAAAAUUAGCUAACAAAUAUUAAGUGUUAAUAUUUAUUUAGUAACAAGUCAGCCAAUAUGCAGAAGCCAUGUGGGUAAAAGUACAAGCUGGAGAAGAACUGGUUGCAAUCACCAUUAGCAGUAAAAACCUGAAGUAAUCGUUUUCUGAGCCCCAAAUCAUCCCGCAGAAUGCAUCAAACUGCAUUUCAGUGAAUAGGCUACAAAUUCUCAGCCUCAGUGCAUUUUAGGCUACAUGGUUAAUGAUAAAAAACAGUAAAUGAAAAAAUAAUACAUACGUGCAUCAUAUUACACUAUUUAAAGACAUACAGUACCAAUUCAUAAAGUACACACAUGCAUUCAACCUGGCGGAUGCAGCUCAGCUGAAAUUCCUGAUUCUUGAACUGAGAACGUGCAGCAUAGAAGCUCAUGUCCAUCACCAGAGCUCCCCUUAAAGCUCAAUGUGUGGCUUUUCUUAGAUGGAGGAUGCUAUGUUUACAGCAGCCUCUAGGAGGCUUUUUUUGUUUGUUUGUUUGUUUGUUCUUUUUUUAUUAUAAGAGAUGCAGUUGACUUUAGACUUUGGUUUGAUCUAGUCUGAAAUGUGUUGCAGACUAACAAAGUCCAUUUAGCCUCCUUUCUUUACUUUACCGUCCUGACUAGUGGAUAGCUUCCCACACCGGCGACUAGUGAAUGAAUCAGUUCACUAAUCUAUGCAACCCCUAGUGCUUAAUAGUUGGUAUGAGGUGUUUGUGGUGAAGUUUGUUUUUUGCUAACCAUCUCCAUUUUACAUCUCAUCUAUCCAAAGGAUAUUAUUCCAGAAAUGCUGAGGUUUGUUCAAAUGUAGCAGUCAUUGUAGUCAGAGGAUGUUCUUUUUUUCUUCUACCCUUCCAUAAAAGCAAGAUAUGAUCAGCAUUUUUCAGAUAUUAAGAGUUAUGAACUUCAACAUCAACUAAGGCCUGAAGAUACCUAGAUGUUGCUCUUGGGUUCUUUGUGAUUUCUUUGAUCAAACAGUCUUGACCUUGGCAUGAAUUUGCUGAAACCCACUCCUGAAAAAAAAGUCUUGAAUGUUCUCAGUUUGUUAAUAAUUCUUCUUAAUAUAGGGUAGAUUGCUAUAUAUAGAAGAUUCCCAGAUUGCUAAACAGCAAGCUGCUUGAAUCUUUUUUUCAUGGCAUGGUGUGAACAUAAGUUUACAUGAUCUAGACCAUCAGACUGUCAAAAGUUUUGCUUUUAUACACAGCAAAAUCCCUAGUGUUGAAUUAACACCUACUGUAGUGUUAAUUCAACUCUGGCGAUUUUGCUGUGUAGACGUGGCCAAACCUCCCGAUGAUCAGCUAAUCAGCUGAUUUUGAUGAUUAGCAGUUUUAUCUUAUUAUUAUUCUCGCAGAUUACCAUAACUUACGUGGACACAUAUAGAGGGUACUUAUUUUUGAACAUUUUACUAUUGUACUAAUGGAUGUUGGCUGACGUAUACCAAAUUUUCAAUAUGAUUGUCCAAAAAAAUUCUGUAGCCCUACAACAUAUUUCAGUGUAUAUCGCAAAUAAGGCUUGGAUAAUAGCAUUAUAUUACAUUAUCAUAACCUGUUCUGCAGUGUAGACAAAAUAAGGUUGUCCUAAUGUGCUAAUACAGAGAAUGCUACAGGUCUCUGGUUGUAUUAUUUCGAUUUUUCUGUUCACUGGCAUGAUAAAUAUCUGUCCUUUCCCCUUCAGUGAGUUAGCUUUUCUCUGUGUGAAUUUUAUUAGCGUUUGGUCAGAGCACCGCUUUAACUAAAAAAGCAGAAAAGUAAAGAUCUUCUGUAUCACUGUAGCAAGGAGUCAAAAAUCAUAAAUGCUAUGGCUAAACCGUAAAUGUUGGCACCUCUGUUACAAUUAGUAUAGUUUUUCAUAUGCCUUAAAUUUGUUUUACUUUGUUAUUAUUAAUAAGGACAUGUAUUAUAAAUACAAAAAUCUUUACAAAGAAAAAGAAAAUCCACACCUUGAUGUACAAACACUACUCUGGCGGGAAUCAUGUCGGCUAUGUUCCCCCACCCCACACGCGCACACACACACACACACACACACACACACUGACCUAAGCCUCGGUACUGGAGACGUGUACAUUUGCAUUGCAUGUUACUCCGCAUACAAGGAGACGGGUUGGAGACAGGGUAAAGUCUCGUUAUGAAGUAGUGCCUAAUGAUCCAUAUUUUGGGAGCUGACAAUAGACAAAGGAGUCUGCCGAAAGCAAGUGUUUUUUUUUUUUGUUUUUUUUUUUUUUUCAUAAUCCAAAACCUUGCGACAAACAUCAUGACUACACACUUUCCAAAAGAUGUAGGGUUGGAUUGCUUUGUUAAUAUAUAUAUAGAUAUAUACCAAAUUUGGAUUGCACUGUGGAGAAAAAAAAAUUACAUCCACUAUUUUUCAGAUCUGUUUCUCAUCCUACUUUCUACCUGGAAAUACCAGACAAUCUGCAUGAAUUCCUCACGUCUUUUGUGAAUGUCUCAAUCAUAACAGUUUUCAUAUUUUGAUAGGAAGUUUAUUUAUGAAUGUGUAGAUGUUUGUUUUUAAUGAAGGUGUGAAACAAUAGAUAAAGAUGCUGUGUUUUCACUAUUUGAUUUUCUCUACAGCUUUCACUAUGCUGUUAAAUAACUGGAAGUAGUAAUUCAGUAAUCUCUUGUCAAGCAGACAUUGUGUGUUUGUUAUUACUAAUAAUUAUGAUUAUGUACUCUAUGCAGAAACGGUACUUGUAACUUUUUGUUACUUUAUUUUUCUUACAUUGUUUAGUUUUGGUUUGUGGCCAAAAUCAUUUUUACCGUGCAGGCCUUGUGUUUGGUUUGUGUAGUGAUGUCUGUAAGUGUGAUGAAGGAAUAAACUGCAGGCAGGA